ACCAUGUUGGUAACAAAUAUUGUUGCUUUAGGUGCAAUUGUUGUUUGUCACGGACAUAAAGUCCAACGCCUUUUGGUCACAAGUCCGCAGUUUUCAAACGAAAGAAUGACUCAUGUGGAGACCCUUAUUCAGAACCUGACGGCCACUGUUCAACAACUUACCCAGAGACUUGCAACAAUUGAAAAACACAACUCCAAUCCAGUUUACUUUUCUGCAUACCUAAUCAACACACUCACCCCUCCUCGUGACCGCCAGACAAACGUGGUAUAUAAUGGUCUUCAUUAUGACAGUCAUAAAGCCUACAACCCAUCCACUGGAUACUUUACAGCUCCCGUCUCUGGAUUAUACGUCUUCAGUUGGGAAAAUCUGACAGCCCCGGGAAAGUUAUUUGAUACGGAAUUGCUAGUAAAUGGAAUUCGUCAAGAGGUAGACAACUGCAAUAACGAAGGGGCAUCUGCCGGUUAUCUCAGCUGUACUCAGGUUUUACCAGUAAAACUUAAUGCUGGUGACCUAGUGAAUAUAAGAACUAUCUAUGGGAAUUAUGCUCAUGGUGGAUGGUCGAGUUUUAGUGGUUGGCUUGUGCACUGACAUUUCAAUAGUCAUUAAAAAGAUGCGAACAACGUUAU